AUGCACUUACCGAAACUCCUUCAUAAGCAAGAGAAGAAGGGCGGUACUGCUUAUAGUGCAGUCGAGGUUGAUGCAGACGGCUUGGAUGCAAAAACAGAUAAGGCUCCUACAGCUCCGGAUUGGCCUGCUGAGCUUCACCGCAUAGAGAAUGCACCAACAUGGCUUGAUGGUCGGGAUGUCUCGCCUCAUGGCAAGCAUAUACAGGACGCCCUCCUCAUCGGCCCCAUGAUCUAUCCUCUCGACUUCACUGCGCUUGGAGGUCGAGCUCUAAGGAAGUUUGCAUUGUGGAAAUCUGGCGAGGGUGCGACACUUGGAUUCUUGAAGCAUAUGGUCGGCAGUCAGAGCCUAGUAGCCACCGUCGGACACGCUCUCACUUUACACUCGCUGGAUGUGUUGACAGUAGCCCUACUCGCGUUCUGGACUCUUUCGCCACUAGGAAGUCAGAGUGUCUUGCGCAUUCUCUGUUGUUGUCUCCAUAGGCGUUGA